AUGGAAGAAAAACGUUGUCGACGAAACUCUGUUUCAAGUGUUCAUUCACAGUCGAAUUAUUCGAUUGCAAAUGUUCAAUGCUCCGGUGACCAUACUCAUGCUAUAGUCCAAAGAGAAAAAGAUAAUAAAGUUAUUCUUGUACCUUUGGAUUGUUUUAUUAAUUUUGGUAAAAUUGUAAAAGCAAAUGAAACUGCUACAUACAAGUUAACCACGGAUUCCAGAAAAUCAGAACGUGGAAAAGUAUUGCUUUUCGGUAGUGAAGAUUUAUGUGUUGAACAACUUCAAGUUAUACAAGAGGAGAAUAUUGAAGAAGAUCAAUUUUCAGGAAAAACAAAAUAAAUUGAUGAUCAAUUUGAUGCAUCACCUUCAAAAAAAAUAAAUUCGGCUAGUAGUAUUACUGUUGGAUCACCAACACGUUUUGGAAAAAAAACAUCUCAAGUUAAACGAAAAUUGUUUAAUGAUAACACUGAAUUCUUAUCAACUAAUGAGAAUAUUUUUGGAGGUUAGCAAAGUUCUUUUUUUAAGAGAAAAUUUCUAUAAAUAGCCGGUGUUUUUUAUAAGCGUCUUCAGUCGAUAUCCUAAUAUCAGAUUCGUACACAUUUCUUUUACCUAAUUUAUAGUUUUAGAGGAUGAAGUUUAUGAAAUCAAUGAUUGUUCAAAAAAAACAAAAUUCAACAAUCUUGUUGCUGGUGAAUCAUCAGCAAAACGAAUAACUGAUGUUAACCAUCAAAUUCUGUCAAAAAAGUUAACUUCAACUGCCUCAUCAAGCCA